UUUCCUACUCGUUCAAAAAUGCAGAUUUUAUGAGCAUAAAUGGUUGAUAAUUUAUGUACACUUUAGAACAUAAAGUGAUUGGUGUGCAGGUGAUGCCAACCUAUUCUACUGUGGCUGUGUUCUUCAGUUCACUUGACAUUUUUGAUGACUAUUGUUUGACUAUUAGUCUGUUUGCAGGAAAAGGGUUAAAAAUGAGGUGUGUUGCUGCCCUCAUGUGCUUCACCCUGCUCACAUUGCUGGCCACAAGUCUGGGUGGCCCACUGUCAGCAGAGAUUGUGAGGAACCAUGUCAAACUGCUGGCGCAAACCACAAUAGUGAGGAUACAGAGGCUUAGUGAUGAGGUAAAAGUCCCUGUUCGCCUUGUUUUUCAGUCAUGCUUCACACAAGGGUUCCAGAUUUCACCAAACAUGGUUUUCAGUGGCCUGGAACUCCCCCUUGACAAGCCCAUCAAGGGUUUGAGCUCCAUACUAGAAAACCUUGACACUUUCCAGGUGAUUCUAGUGCAUCUGCAGAUGAGCAGCACCAGCCAGAUCCAUGCUGACAUUGCCAGCCUCCAGGGUGUGGUGCGCUCUCUGGCCCUGCUCUUGGACUGCCCAUCCCACAAGGCAGGAGGUGAUGGCCACCUGGAGACCUUCCUCAGAUCCAGCACAGCCUUCCAUGUCACCAUUGGGAGCAUCACACUCAACAGGCUAGAGAUGUUCCUCAGCAAUCUCACAAUGGACUUGGACCUCCUAGAAAAGUGCUAAAAAUUGGUGUCUCUUUUUAAAGAAUAAAAUUGCUCAGCCAUACACUGUUAUUUAACAUAUUUAUGAAAGCAAAUGUUACAUUUUUUAGCAAGUAUGUUCUGUGCCUUUAAGAAGGUGGUAAAUAAUAGCUACCCAUAAGGAGCAAAUACUGCAAAGCAGCAAAAGACUUUAUGGCAUUUUGUUGUGUGAGGUCCUACAGAUAUGCAACUGUAUUACAAUGUUAGUACUUUAUCAGCUUUAAUUUAAUUGGUACAGGGUUAAUUAUGCCAUUAACACCAGUCUUUCUUUCCAUCUUAAAUAGCUUUUCUCCAGUUGCACAUUUACACUUUUUGUAACAAAACUACUUUUCUGCUCUGAAACAGAAUAAAUUUCUCUCAACUGCAAUGUAACAUUUUUCUAAGGACUGUUGUGAAACAUAAAUAAAUGGUGCUUUUCCCUAUAUGGAAGCACCAAUGUAUUUUACAAAUUUGUAAGAAAAUUAUUUGUGUAUUCUGUUAAGAGUGGUAACUUUGAACACCAGUGAGUGCUUUUUACCUUUUGGGAAACUGGGAGUCAAUGGAGGUAAGUGGUGUGUUUUCAUGGAGUGGUUUUCAUUUAGAAGAAGUGCUUCACAGGUGAGUGGUAUUUAUUUCUCUUUUUGGAUUAGGGAACCCAUCAAUGUAUUCUUAGCUGCGUUUUAUCAGCACAAUUGCCCUGGAGGUUAGAAAAUGUGUUGGGUUUUGAAGGGAUGGGGGGGAGGAAAAAAAAAAAAAAAAUCCUUCAAAAAAAGGCUGUGCUGCAGGGUCCAGUGUCUAAAUGUCAGUGGAAAGAAAGACCACAAUUUGGCUUUAGAAACACUGGGAUCAAUUACAUUUCAGUAAAAGUAUUAUAAUUUAAACCAUCAUUUCCUGGGCAAAAAAGGUCUGCUUCACAGCAGCAGUUCCAUUAAGGAGGACUCUUCUGGUGUGUUAUUUUCUGAACAAUGGAGGCAUAAACAGACAUUUGCUUGGGGCAAUAAAUUAUUGUACAGUUUAACUUGUGACAUUGCAGUAACAGGAGAUGCUUGGUAGCUUCUGAAUGUUUGGAGGGGCAAUUGACUCACAAACACCAAGCCUAUGGGUUCAGUUACCCACAUGUGCUGCGCUUCUGUUCACAGACCAGUGUGUGGUUGCAAAAAAAAAAUUACAAAACAGUCUUUAAAAAUGUCAUGUUGGCAUAACAGAUGGUCCCCUGAAAUGACUGGAGGACCACUAGCUGUGGUGGAGUUGUUACACCUCCCAUCAACUACAAUCUGCAUUCAUCACGAUCAUGUCACAUUAUAUGGUUUUGUGAGAACCUGCUCUACAUGUGUUUAAAAGCCUCACUCAC